AUGGAGGUGAAGUAUUGCGGAAUUAGCGACAAGUCGCUGGGUUGUUGUUCACCCUUUUUAUGUUUUUGUUGCAAGCGCUAUCAGUCGAUUCGUUUCAACUGGAUGCGUCGGAGAUACUCGUGGCGCUUAGCUUUCUUUUAUCGUUUGCUGACAGCUGUAGCAGUAUUUGGUACCCUAAUGACGUUGGUAUUGUAUCUGUUAAUUAAAAGCUUGAGUUUCUUCAAGAACUACCGCUGCGGCGAACAGGCGAUCUCACUGAUCGGUGUGAACUUCAUUAUUAUGAUUUGCAUCAUGAGCACAACAGGUAUCUUGUGCAUUAUGAUGUCUCGUAUUUUAGACAUGUUUGGCAAUUUCUCAAUUGCUGAGUUCAUGAGUUUAGGCAAGUGGAUCAGCAGACUAGGUUUUAUGAGCAAGUGGGGGCCCUGGGUGGUCGCCAUUCUUGCAGACUGCUGGCUUAUUGUCUCAUUCAUCAACACCGUUUGGAUUUUCGCAGCGCCAAAUGACUGGUGCAGCCGCAGGUGGAACGCGCAGGCCAUCGUAGCGGUUGAUAACUGCAGACUUUGGUAUAAAGGAAACGUCAAGUGCCUCAGUACAGAGCAAAACCAGCAGAAUGCGGAGUCGGGCUUGGUGACUACUUGCAAUGAUGGUGACGAGUUGUUGGCUCAGAAAUUUUUGUCUUUUACGCCAAAGGAAGGGUCUACAGACUGUUCUUUUCAGGACCUAUCUGUGUGUCGUGCCUACGCGAACUUACGAGAAGGAAAAGCAGUUGACUGGAAUGAAGCGCCCUUAGAUAGAUGUUUAGGAGAUGAUGUAGUCUCGCCAGAUUCUUUUCAUGACAGCCUAAGCGAGAGCAGCGAUCUGUACCGCUACCUCUUGAUCUACGUGCAAGGCUGGACCAUCACCCUCAUGGGGGUUGUUUGUUUUUUCAUAUACACCAAAGUCAGCUCCAAAUUCGACUCCCUCUUCUACCAACCCAAAACCAAACACUCCAAUCUCCUCUUCAGACUCGGGGCACCGCAAACCCCCUUUGCCGACUGA